AUGGGAAAAUGUAUCAGAAUAUCAACCAAUUCCAAAAUAACCACAGAGAUGAACUCUCCUUUAGAAGACAUAACGCACGAUGAUGAUAAUACCUCACAUCCAAAUACACAACACAUUCUUCCGAAAGAUGUUGUAUCAGUAAAAGCAUUAGAAAUAUACAAAGUUUCCACACGAGCAAAAAGGCGUUGGGGAUACAUUCACAUCCCUUCAAACGGUCCAACAUCGAAUAAUCAAAAAAAGAUGAGAAGAUGGGGGUUUGUAGCCCCUGUUGUUGGCAUACCAAGCGAUUUUCCCGUACUUUGUUCAAUUACGCCACCUAUAAGACACAUAAGUCCAAAAUUAUAUUAUCAUUAUAUAUAA